AUGGAGCCUGAUCCGAGCCUAGCGCCGGACAGCAUUCCCCAAGACACCAUCCUGAAAGCGGCCGUUUCGCCUGAGCUAGUAAUAGACUCUAAAGCGGCUAUCGCGCCCGUGUCUCGAACGAGCGUUGGGCUCAAGGCCACGUCGGAGAAAAUCUUCGUGUCGGUCCGCGUGCGACCGUUGAACAGGAAGGAGGCGGCGAGCGGGGAUAAGGUAGUGUGGCGCAUUCAAGAACCCAACACGCUCCAUUUCCUGCAGCCGCUUCCCGAGCGCUCGCCGUACCCGGCUGCUUACACUUUCGACCGUGCGUUCGGUCCCGCGUGUCCGUCGGAUCGGGUGUACGAGGAAGGAGCCAAGAACAUUGUGCUGUCCGCGCUCUCCGGGAUCAACGCGUCGAUAUUCGCCUACGGUAUGACAAGCAGUGGGAAGACGUACACCAUGGAGGCCAUUACUGAUCUUGCCGCUUGCGACAUCUUCACGCACAUUCGGAAUAAUCCGCAUCGCAGCUUCCUGGUGAAGCUGUCAGCUAUCGAGAUCUACAACGAGAUUGUCCGGGACCUCCUCAACCCGGACUCCGGGCCCCUCAGGCUCCUCGAUGAUCCCGAGGAAUCAACGCGAUGUACCCUCACGGCAGCUGCAGGCUCAAGUGACCGUUUAAAACAUUCCUCUCCCGCCUUGCUCCCACCAUGCCUUGGCGUGCAGAGGGGCACGGUGGUGGAGCGACUGACGGAGGUGGGCGUGGAGUCCAAGGGCGACUUGCAGCGGCUGCUGGCGCAGUGCGCGGCGCACAGGGAGGUGGGCGAGACGUCUCUCAACGACGCCAGCUCCAGAUCGCACCAGAUCAUUCGCCUCCUGGUGGAGAGCUGUCCCAAUGCAAUGUCACCAGCGGCACUACCUCCAACCCCCCCACCGGCUAUACCCGUGCCAGCAGAGGCUGCUGCCACCCAAAUGCUCUCCGCCUCGCUGAACUUUGUGGACCUGGCGGGCAGUGAGAGGGCGUCUCAGACGCACGUGGCGGGCACACGCCUCAAGGAGGGGUGCCACAUCAACAGGAGCCUGCUCACUCUUGCCACCGUGAUCCGCAAGUUGAGCACGGGCAGCAGGGCCAAGGCGGGGCACAUCCCCUACCGGGACUCGAAGCUCACGCGCAUCUUGCAGCAGUCGCUGGGGGGCAACGGGCGCACAGCCAUCAUCACCACCAUCAGCGCCGGGAGGACCCACCUGGACCAGACGCGCAAUACUCUCGCGUUCGCGCUGAGAGCCAAGGAGGUCACCAACUCGGCGUGUGUCAACGUGGUGAGUGGCUCAUCUUUUCGCCUCCCUACGUCCCUCUCCCUUACUGGUCCCGCCAUCCCUCACCCUUACCGCUUCCUCUCCCCACCAGGUGGUGACGGACAGAGCACUGGUGGAGCAGCUGUAGGGGGAGGUGGCCCUGGUGCAGCUGCUUCGUCCUCGCUUCAUCCUCCUCACUUAUUUCCUGCCACCACCCUCCCUUACCACGUCCCUUCUUCUCCCCCAUCAGGUGGUGACGGACAGAGCACUGGUGGAGCAGCUGUGGUGACGGACAGAGCACUGGUGGAGCAGCUGCAGAGGGAGGUGGCGCGGCUGGAAAGCGAGAUGCGGCUGCGGCCGUCCCGAGAGCAGUUCCACCAGCAGGCCGUGCGCAUGCAGCAGUUGGAGGCGCAGCUGUCGCAGGCGGCGAGGCAGCAGAGCGAGGCACUGGCUCAGGUGCAGCACCUCACACACGCGCUCUCCGCUGCCUCCUCCUGCCACAGCCGCUCCCAAGGCGGUUCCCACGGCAGGCGACGAGCACACGCAGCCUGGCAGAGUGGCAAGGUGCACCCGAUCUCCAGCAUCAACGUCUCAGAGUCAUCCGAUGAUGAAGCGGACGGCUGGGAUCGCUUCACGCCGACCUGCUUCCCGGCAUCCAAGCCGUUGGACCUCGUGCUGCCCACGUGCUUCCCUGGUAGCUUCACCAGGCGACCCAGCAAGCAGCAGAGGGAGAAAGACGCCUCGUUUCAUGCCUCCGCUGCCGCCGCCACCGCCGCCGCUGCCGCCGCCGCUGCUUCUCCUCCUGCUGGUGUGGCUCAGCUGGCGCCAGGGGAAGGGGUGGCUCAGCUGGCAGGUGGGCUGGUUGUGGGCGGCAGAUGGUUGUCCUCUAGCAACAGUGGCUGCGAUGCUGCAGGGGACGGUGGUCAUACCCGUCGGAUCUCCAAGUCGAGAUUUGCCAGCAGCAGCAGCAGCAUGGGAGGGAGAAGGGAGAGAGGCGAGGCUGGAGAAGCGGCCGUGGGGGUGAGUGGGAGGGGAGGAGAGCAGCAGGCGCACGCAGCAAGGGGACGGAUGACAUGGGAGGAGAGCACAAGAGUGAGGGAGGGAGAGCGGCAGUGGGAGCAGCAUGAGGGAGGGGAAGCCGACGAGCGAGAGAUCAGCCAGAGGAGGAGCGGUAGGCUAGGAAGGGACCAGGGAGGAGGCUCGUUUGGCAGAGAGAGCGUGUCCCGCCAGUCGCUGCAGUCCCUCCAUUCUCUCCAGUCACUGGAAGCGUGGGUGGCGGGGGGCAGGGCGAGGGAGAGGCGGCGGCGGCGCAAGGCGGUGAGCGCCAAGGUGCUGGCGCUGAUGCACGAGAUCCAGCGCCUGGAGAAGCUGCAGGACGCCCUGGGGGACGACGUGGGGCGCGCCAUGGGGGCUCUUCAGGGGGAGAUGGAGCGCAUGAGAGCCAGGCAGCAGGGGCAGGCGCACGGGCACAGGCAGGGGCUCGGGCAGGGGCAGGGGCAGGGGCAGGGGCAGGGGCAGGGGCAGGGGCAGGGGCAGGGGCAGGAGAGUGAGAGUCUGUCAGAAGGCGGCGUGCAAAUGCCCCUCAGCCACCUCUCUGGAAUCCUGACGCCCCCAUACCACUGCGUGUCUGGACUUCUCACCCCCUCCUCCAACAUCUCCUCCUGUUACGCGUCUGGCCUCCUCACCCCUCUCUCUCACCAGCUCUCUGGCCUUCUCACGCCCUCGUUAGCCUCCCAGCCUGUGUCAGGCUGCUUGUCCACUGCUGGUGGCGCUGCUGCCAUCACUGCUGCCACUGCUGCCGCCACUGCUGCUGCCACUGCCACGGGGGGGAGUGCAAGCAGGGGGGCUUCUUGUGCUACUGUGAGCAGGGACGGGGACGAAGGGCGUGCCAGCUUGCUCCAGCUCCAUGCAGAGCUCUCGAGGCUCACAGUGAGAGACGAGAAGGACGCAGAGCGAGGCAGCAACGGAGCUUCUGCUGCUGCUGCCCCUGCUGCUUCUACUCCUGCAGCUGCUGCUGAUGAUUCGGCCGAAAAUGCAGCUGCCCCUGCUGCAGAGGGAGCGAGGGAGCUUCUAGCUGCUGCUGACGCUGGGGUUGCAGGGAUAGGGUUUGACAUGGGAUGCCUUGCGGACCCCUCUGCCAUGACCCGGUCCUCCUCCCAGGACCUCCAGCGGAUGGAGUUCCUGUUUCAGUCGGCAGCAGAGGUGAACGUGGCGAGCAUUCGCACGUACGUGCUUGAACUGAAGGAGAUUGUAGCGAAGCUGCACUACCAGAAGCAGCUGCUGGUGAAACAGGUGGUGGAGCUGGAGGCGGGUAGGCUAGGCGAGGAGGAAGAGGAUGAGAUGGAGGAGGAUGAUGAUGAGGAUGAGGAGGCAGAGGGAGGGGGAGCUGGGGACAGAGGCUGGGGCAAUGAGGAGGAGGAUCGAGGGAUGGGGAGAGCACAGGGGGGACGAGAGGCCAAUGGUAGAGAAAGAAGAGGGCGAUGGAACCGAACAGAUUCAGGGCAUGCUUCUGGAGCAGCAUGCAUUGAAACACCCGCCAACGCUCGUCCCCGACAGCAUCAGCCUGGCCUUCCCCCUUAUAUUGUUCCACACUUUGAAUCGGGGUUCAGGGAGGAGAUGAGAGAGACUGUGGUGCUGUGGGACCGCUGCCAGGUGUCGCUCAUCCGUCGCACGCAGCUGUUCCUUGUGCUGAUGCAAGGAGAGCCGUCGGAUCGGGUGUACCUGCAGGUGGAGAGGCGUCGGCUGCAGUGGCUUGUACAGCACGUGGGGGCAGAGGGGCAGGCCGCCAGGUAA